CCAGGAAGCCGAGGAGGCGGGUCUCGGAAAAAAGAUAUAAAGCGAGCCCGGGGAAGGUGAUAAGACGCCAGCUGCGGAGUCUCCAUCUGGAAGAGCCGCAGCUGCCGAGAAGGAGGAGAACGCCGAGGCCUGCCGGACAGACGGACGCGCUGACCGCCGCCGCCCCCAGCUCGCGCUGCCUCCUGCUCGCGCUGCGCCACUAAGGUCACUCCCGCCCCCAAGAGCCCAGAGCCGAGAUGGAAACGGUCCAGGAGCUGAUUCCUCUGGCCAAGGAGAUGAUGGCCCAGAAGCCCAGGGGGAAGCUGGUGAAGCUGUACGUGGUGGGCAGCGUGCUGGCGCUCUUCGGCGUGUUGCUCGGCCUGGUGGAGACCGUGUGCAGCCCCUUCACCGCCGCCAGCCGCCAGCGGGACGAGCAGGCAGCGGCCGCCGAGCUGCGGGCCGCCCGGGAGCGGCAGGCUCUCCGGACGCAAGCCCUGCAGGAGAAAGGCAAGCAGCAGGAGGCCGUCCUCUGCGGCCGGGCCCUCUCCAACCGGCAGCACGCCUCCUAGGAGCCCUGGGAGAGCAGCCGAGGGCGGGAGAGACGGAGAGAAAGAGACGGAGAGACUGAGAGACAGAGACUGAGCGCGCACAAGCCUGCCUCAGCUGGGAGAGAGCCGGAGCCAUGCUCUGUCUGCUGUUCCCACUCACUUCGGAGAAGCAACUGACAUCUAGAACUGACCUACCACAGGGAUCCGCCAAAAGGAGUCUGGGAUUGAGUCUUGCUGCUGUGCAGCACUGCAUUGUGAUAACAUGUCCAAAACUGUGUAUCUUUGAGUUAUCUAAAUGCAUGUACCAUUUUGCACUAGGGAGGAAGGAGAUG